CGCCGAGGCCACGCCCCCGUGUUGUGGUGGGGAGCGCAGGGAAGAUGGCGGCGGCCGUGAGGGGCAUCGGGGGCGGGUUGGGCCGCGGCCUCCGGGAGCUGCGCUUCCACCUCUGCCAGCGCUCCGCGGGCAGCCGCGGCGUCAGAGACUUCAUCGAGCAGCACUACGUGACCCUGAAGAAGGCGAACCCCGACUUCCCCAUCCUGAUCCGCGAGUGCUCCGGGGUGCAGCCGCGGCUCUGGGCGCGCUUCGAGUUUGGCAGGGAAAGGAGUGUGCCUCUGAACAACCUGAGUGCGGAUGAAGUGGCCAAGGCCCUGGAGACCAUUGUGAAGAGCACGGGGUGAAGACAGGCAGUAAACACACGUAGACGGUAGACUUGACC